AUGGAUAUAAACGCCUCUGGCCGGGGCAAUGUGGUUGCCCUGGAAGGCCCGGCUCAUAUUGUGUCGACACAGUUACGCCUCCUGCCGAGUUCUCCGGACAUUCUGACUCUCCCCGACAUACAGUACUAUCUACAAAACAAUGGAUACUCCAAAUUUCAAGACGCCCCCGGUUUCAUCCGCUCGGUGCAUGAGGCAGCAAAGUCACGAGAAGGAGAUGCCCUCCAUUUCAUCGAGCAGGCGGCGACCAAGGAAAAGAGACUUGUGUUUCUCAGUGGCGGUACGGCUAGUGCAUAUGCGCUCUGUAUAGCUACGAUUAGCCAAUAUGUGACCGACGGAGAUGUACAUCAGGCGGAAUUAAAAUUCAAAGAGUCGAUUCAAGAUGGGCUCAAAGGCCUCCCGGUGGCCAAGGCCAGGGCGGCAAGGGAAGACAAGGAACAGUCUCAGCUCGUCGCAAGGCGCAGCGAGAGCCAGGCCAGACCUAUGGAGGAUCCUGGAUCAAGAGCUAUGCGAGCAGCAGAGGCACUUGAUCGAGAGACUGCGGCUCUUCAAGAAGACGACACUCUUGAUCUCGGUUUCAAGCCUCGGCCUCGCAGCAUGAGUCUACCACUCUAUGGCUUUUCAGACGAUCCCGCAGACACGACCCCGUACUUGAUUCUUGGUGCCGUCCCAGCAACAACGAUGUCCAAGGAAAUACCAGGAGACCCGGUCACUACCCCAACCACCACUUAUGCAGAGGUUUCAACAAGUAGGAUCCAGGAUCGUGAAGUCAACGGCCCCGGAAGCCCUCCACCAACCCAGCGAGCUCGUUCCCCGACCUGCUCAGGAGAACCCGACGAGCCAGCGGUCUUUAAGGCAAAGAAAGGUCUCGCAUUCAGGAAUGCGGUACUUGUAGAUACUAGCUCUGAUUUGAGACCAUCGUCAAUAGCCAGUCCGGGCCUGCAGCGCACGCGGUCCCUUGGCCGUUUUCACGCGACCUACCGGACCAAGGUACACGACCGACGAUCUGUAUUGGAGCUUUCAUGUACUCCAUCAGUCGAAUCAGCAGGCCUUCCCUCAAUAUUUGAUGCCUCUCAGCUAGAAGGACCUUCUGAAACGAUCAAUGAGAAGGCAAUUGGAUCGCCUUUAGCCCCCUUUGGUCUUGGCGCGCCACACAAAGCAUCGGUCAGAAGGCUACCUCCUAGACUGAGGAUCCCAUCGCCUCCGGCCAAAAAGACGAUAUACGUCGACAAAGCGACCGAUACAGUUGAUCCUUUGGAGUCAAACCAGGAAAAUGAGCCAACAACGCGGCCGGAAUCCUGCUCUUUUCAACCCGUCCUACCUUUCAUCGAAGACCUUGUGGUUCAACUCCGAGACAAUGAAGACCGCAGUUCCUUGCUUGUAUCAGCCAUACAGAGUCUCAAGGAUGCGCAGUAUCCUGUAUUGCAGGCUUCGUUAAAGAAACCGACGCCUGAUGCGGCAGAGAAGCCUCUGGCAUUCCCAGCGACCCCGACCUCGCCUCAAGGGCCUAUGUUUAUCACACCUCAGCCUGCCCACAUGGACACUCCGCCCUGGACCAGGAAUGAGGAAUACGACCCCUUUGCACCUCAGACGUAUCUUGAAAAUAUGCAGUGCAGGCGUCCGUCAGAUCCUCGGGGGACGCCAUAUCAGGGUAGCUCUGCCAUCAACCCUCCGACACCGAUGAGCACACCGCCACCAGCAAAGCCAGAGAUUGGUCACAAGUUCUUGAAUAUUCAAGUCUCUUCUGACCAAACUGCACUCUCCAUUCAAAACGCCCUUCGGAGUGUUCUAGAGAGCUAUUUCCCGGUGGAAGGUGAGGUGUGCUCCCCGUUCCUAUUCCACAUUCUCCCGAAGAUGGCACGCUUGUGGGGACCACUGUUUGAGAAGGCAGGCAAGGGCUCAGAAAGGCGCAACGUCGAUUUGAUACUGGCCAUUGGGUCGCAGGAAGGCGUCGAGAAGGAGUACAACUCGACUAUAUCCAGUCAAAUCGAGAAGAUGGGAAGCAAGUCAACAGGGGAGACUCGGAGCGGCCGAGUUGACAUCCGAUAUCUCAUCGUCAAUGCUCUCCAAUCGGCUGCUGCCCGUUCUUUGCAUAAACAAGCGAGAGAUCACUCCGCCCUUUCUGCCUCGGAGCUUGCGGCGCUCCUCAUUUCGCAGCUUGAUAUCUACCUCCGCACCCAUGCUUCUGUCAGAUUUCUCCUCCUCGAGUACCCUCACGACCAACUCGGAACCAUGUUGGCUCUGCGAGACUUCGUUGGCCCCGACGUGAUGAAGAUAGCGGGCAUCAUUCAGAGCUCGGACUCUCCAAUCACCAACCGCACUCAUCGCUACAGCCCUCCGGGAUCACCCCUUGCUCCGGCCUCGUGCCAUCCACAAUCACGGACCAGUGCGCCAUUCUCCAAGGCCGACUUCCUCCUCGCGUCCUCGGCCACCGACUCGGAGAUCGCCAACUUCAUGUCGGCCAUCUGGAAGACCCUGAUGGACACCUCGCCCUUCUACAACCCAGAACCGCCGCCCAUUUCGCCUGCAGCAGCGUCAACCCGUAGGCUCAGGCCCAGGAAGGACCUGUCCAUCCGGACGUCGCCGCCGCCGCUCCCGUCGCCGACGUACAGCACCAUGCCCACCCCGCGCAGCGUCUCGGCUGCCGCCAGGGGCCGGCCGCGACCCACGUCCAUCGUCUUCCGGUCGCCCAGCUCGCCGCCCCAGUCCCCGCUCCCCGACACCCCGUCGUCGCACUACCGCGGCCGGCGCCGGGACUCGCCCGCCCCCUCGGCGCGGUCCAAGGGCUCGACGGCCGCCGACACCGUCCGGACCGCCUCCGGCACCGUCCGCUCGGCGCGGGCGUACCGCUUCUUUGGCGGCGGAGAGCAGCAGCAGCCGCCGCCGCCGCGAAUAGACCUCGCCUCUGCAUGGAGCGAGGACAGCGACUCGUCCGACUUUGACCUCGAGCAGGAGCGGCGCCUGAUGCCGCUGUUCGCGAGGACCGUGGCCGCCGCCGCAGGAGGCACCGUGCGGCCGCCUUCGCGCAAGACCAACAGCCGCAAGGCGCUCAAGUGGCUGGGUCUUGCGUGA